AUGCGUCGGGAGAGCACGUAUUCAUCAGAGCCGAAGACGGUGCACAAACAGCUCCGACACGAACACAUGCGCAUCGGAGUGGCUAAAGGACUAUCGUCCAUCGUGCUCUGUAAGAACUGGUUCAUGAAUCCCUUUUUCGACCACCCUCAUGCGGAAGGGAUACAAUACGAGUUAGGAGACUUGUCUACCUUCCUUUUUAAUGUAGGCUAG